AAACGAAACUGAAACAAUUCUGAGACGGGGAUAACGGAGAUUCAUAGAAAUAUAGUGAAACUACCUCGCGUCCAUUACAUAGGCUAGCCUACUUAGUUGUUUAGAUGCAGUGGACUACGCUAACUGCUUUCUCAACUUAAUCUCACUUUUUUACUCACUUUGCAAAGAAAGGGAUUUUAGUUUGACCUGAAACUGCGCAAAGCUAUGAUUUUUUUUGGGGUGGAGUUCCCCUGAACAACAGGAAAACGACGACAGGAAAUAAUAAUAUUGAGAAAGAAAUAGGCUACUCAAUACGGAGUCAGGUAAGGUGGAUCUAUCUUCAGAAGCUCAUUCGGGUGACCCCUCAACACCACAGCCUAGUGAACAUGUCGUCGACCACUCAGAAACACAGGGACUUUGUGUCUGAGCCAAUGGCCAAGAAGAAGGUGACGGCUCUGGCCGGCAUCGGAGACGCGCUCGGCAAGAGGCUGGAGGAUAAGGGCUUUGAUAAGGCGGAUAAGGUGCUGGGUCAUUUCCUAAUGCUGGGGAAGGACGAGGGGCGCUUCAAGUGCUGGCUGAAAGACACAUGCGGGGCGAAUUCCAGACAGCAAGAUCAUUGCUACCGCUGCCUCAGGGAAUGGUGCGACUCCUUCCUGUAGGCCGCUCUUGUGGGGAAACAGCGUUUGGUAACGUAGAUGAAAUAGAAAGCAAGUAGUUUGAACUGUGAGUUGCUGACCGACGACACACUGACUUCAUGGAAACUAAGCUUGUGUGUUCUUGUAUACAUUAGCAUGUAGGAUCAGCCAGGAUAGUUGAAGGGAUUCUUAUUAGGUUCUUCUUAAGUUUUAUUCUUUCUUACGUUCUUUCUUUCUUUCUUUCUUUCUUUCUUUCUUUCUUUCUUUCUUUCUUUCUUUCUUUCUUUCUUUCUUUCUUUCUUUCUUUCUUUCUUUCUUUCUUUCUUUCUUUCUUUUUUCUUUCUUUCUUCUUCAUUAUUCUCUCAGAACUUUGGGACCUAUCUCCUUCCUCAAUUUUUUACCUAGAGACUCCAUUCACAUUUUAAAAUGUUAAGAUCUGCUUGGAAUUGUGGGGUUCUUUUCAGAUUUUAAAAAUAUUUUAUACUUUUGAAGAUAUAUAUAUAUAUAUAUAUAUAUAUAUAUAUAAUAAGAAUAUUAAUAAGAAUAAGAAUAAUAAAAAAGAAAAAUGUAUGUAACAUUAUCUGAAACACAUGCAGUUUAACUCAAAAUGAGAAGACAGGGCAUUUUUUAAAUGAUGAGAAGAUGUCAGUGAUCGUAUGUUUGAAGGGAGAUUGUUCCAGUCCGAUGGCGCUUUGAACAUAAAUGCUUUUUUACCAAUUGUUUUAUACACUGUAGGAAUGGAAAAGAAGUACUGAGAUGAGUGUCGUAAUUGAUAUGUUGAGGAAUAUGGAAUCACAUUUUUUUGUAAAUAAGCAGGAUAAUUGCAGUGUAUACAUUUGAAGAUAAACUGUAGCCAGUGGAUAUGUCUUCUUAUAUUGAGUGCGGGCCAUUUGAGUGUGUUAUACAUGAUACAGUGAUGAGUGUAAAAUGAACAACCAAGAACAAAUCUACAAAGACAGUUAAAUGCUGUGUUGAGAGGUAGAAGAUUGGUUUUAGAUGCAUUUAGAUAUACUACAUCAGCGUAAUCAAAAAACGGUAAAAUAAGUUGUGGGGCAAGUUUCUUUCAAACAUUAGAUGUAAAACCGUUCUUGGAUCGAAAUAAUACACCAAUACCAAAGUUGAUUUUACGAAGCAGUCAAUGUGAGGCACUUACUACUUCAGACUUCGUUACUUUGUCAAUAUUUUAUCGUUAACCUUCGUUCAAAGGUUUAACAAAUCAACACACUUGUAUCUUCAAUAAUCUGAAACUGAAUUUCGAUUAUCUUUAUACUUUUUUCAAAAUCACAGCUUAAAUUCCAUGUUAGGCUGGAAAAAUGAGCAUUAGGGGAGUACAUAAAUUUCCUUCAACUAAAUGAGGACAAAACAGAGAUAAUUGUAUUUGGUUCUAAAACAGAAAGGCUUAAAGUAACCCAACACCUUCACUCUCUGUCCCUGAAAACCUCAAUCAAAGCCAGAAAUCUAGGGGUUAUCAUGGAUUCAGAUUUACAUUUUGACAGUCACAUCAAAUCAGUUACAAAAUCGGCAUAUUAUCACCUUAAAAAUGUAGCAAGACUUGGAGGGCUCAUGUCCACCGAAGACUUACAAAAACGUGUACAUGCCUUUAUCACUAGUAAGCUUGAUUACUGCAAUGGUCUCCUUACAGGUCUCCCAAAACAAACUCUGAGGAAGCUUCAGCUUGUUCAGAAUGCUGCUGCUAGAGUUCUAACAAAGACCAAAAGAUUUGAUCAUAUUACACCAAUUCUGAAAUCAUUACAUUGGCUUCCUGUAAGUCAGAGAAUUGAUUUUAAAAUCAUGUUGCUUACCUAUAAAUCCCUACAUGGUUUAGGCCCAAAAUAUUUAACUGAUAUGCUUCCACUACAUAAGCCUUCUAGACCACUAAGAAGCUCCGAGACCAAUCUGUUAAUUAUCCCCAGAGUAAACACAAAACAUGGGAAAGCAGGAUUUAGUUACUACGCAACAAAUAGCUGGAAUAAACUCCCAGAGGAUUUAAGACUUGCCCCAACUCUGAGCACCUUUAAAACAAGACUGAAGACUUUUAUGUUUGCUAUAGCUUUCUGCUAAAUAACUUUGCCUUUAUUUUCUACUUUAAUACUAAAAUGCCUUUUUAACUUUCUAUUUUUGCAUAUGUUUUUCUUUUACUUACCUAUUAUUUUAUUUUAUUGUAUGACACUGUUUAUAUGUGAAGCACUUUGAGUCUGCCUUGUGUAUGAAAAGUGCUAUAUAAAUAAAGUUGCCUUGCCUUGC